AUGAAAUUUUUAAUAAUCUCAACUUGUAUAUUAUUUGUAUGUAACUACUGUAAAUUUUCUUAUUUUUUGGUACUAGGGAUUCGAGAAUCCAGAAUCCGGUUUCUAAAAAAAUAUUCCUUUUUAGACCCAAACCAUCGAAGAAUCCUCAAGGAAAUACAAAAUGAAGAUAAUGUGUAUGAUGUUUUAGGAGAUUCUUGCAGAAAAUCUCCUCCCUUAUACUCGACUUACUCUGAGUAUCUAAGAGAUAACCAAGUCAUUCAAAUUGAGCAAGAACCCAAAAGUUUGAAGAAUAUAUUGUCAAUAGAAACAAGUUUUGAUGAUACCUGCAUAGCAGUUGUGAGAAGUGAUGGGAAGAUUCUCUCAGAUAAAAAAUUAAGCCAAGAAGAAGUAGUUAAAGAAUAUGGAGGAAUAAAACCAGUUUGUGCUAAAUUAGAACAUAUAAAAAAAAUUGAAAGCCUCACGGAUAAAGUAAUUGAAGAAUCAGGACUUAAAAUUCAAGAUAUAGAUGAAAUCGCAGUAACAAGAGGACCAGGAACAGAGUUAUGUUUGAGAGUAGGUUACAAUUAUGCAAAGGAACUGUCUGAAAAAUACAAAAUACCCCUAGUGUCAGAGAACCAUAUAGCUGGACAUUGUUUAUCGCCACUAAUUGACGAACACCAAUUCAAGUACACAGUUGAAGGAACCCCAAUUAAAUCGAACGACUUGAAAUUCCCAUACCUCUGUCUGUUGCUUUCAGGAGGCCACUCUCAGAUUUAUUUGGUGGAAAAUCCCUCAAAGUUCCAUUUAAUGUGCGAAACACAGGAUGAAUUUGUAGGAAACGUCCUGGACAAGUGCGCAAAGCUGCUAGGUCUUGAUUUGUCGAAAGGGGGAGGGGCUGAGUUGGAAAAAAUAGCAGAUGAAGUUAGUGACUCAAAGUACAAAUUGACAAUCCCAAACAAGUACAACCAUUAUAUGGAAUUUUGCUUUUCCGGAGUUCAGUCACAAUUGGGGUUAAAGACGGAACAACUUGUAAAGAGCCAUAAUGUGGAAGAUGCAAAGCGACUUCCUAGAAAAAUAUUGAGUGAACUGGCAUAUGGAUUGCAAUCAACGGUUUUUGAGGGUAUUUUGAUCCAGCUGGAAAUGUCGCUUAAUGCCGUGGAAACCUUGUUUCCAAUAAACCAGUUGGCACUAGUUGGAGGAGUUGCAUCUAACGAUAAGCUUAAAAAAAUGAUCCUGGAUUUAUUUUACUUGAGAGAUGAAUCUGUUCGAUUUUCCGAGCAGGAGAUGUUCUUGACAAGAACUAAAAAUAUGGUUAAAAGAUAUUGCAAAAUUGGAGGAAAUUACUUAACCUCAGGAAAUCCAUACUAUAAAUUUUUCCAAGACUUCGUCAAGAAUGUAACCAACUUGGAAGAUUUUAUAUAUUACUUGUGUAACCCUGAGCUGUACCCUGAAGUUUUAGUCCCGGGAUAUAUUAUCAAAAUUGGAAAAGAACACAAAAGAGAGUUGUAUAAAUCAAUGCUGUGUACAUACUUUGAUCUAAUAGGCCUGAAGAAUGUAUUCAAGAUAAAGCACAAAAUAGGCAAAUAUUUUAAAUCAUUUGAACUGAUUAAACCAUCUAAAAGAAUUUUAAAUUUAAUUGAAAAUGAUAGUAAAUUCACUCUCCCCCUAAGAAGACAUGGAGAUGAAAUCUCAGAUAGAAGAUGGGACCUUUAUACAACCAGUAAGAAAUAUUGUACCGAUAAUGCAGUAAUGAUAGGAUUCAGUCUAAUUCAGAAAAACAGAAUGGGAAUAAAGGAGAUCAAUAGCCCUGAAAAAAUAAAUGGCAAGGAUGUUGCUCCUAGGUGGGACUUGGGAACAAGGAAAAACUGGGAAUUACUAUCAGAUAUAUGUAAACUAGACUCAUUAAUAAAAUAA